AUGUGGGAUUUGGCGCCGUCUUCUUCUUCAACCAAUCUCCGUCGUUUCCUCCACUGCGUCACUCCCAAUCCUCCUUCUUCGUGCCUUCCCAAGGGAUGGAUGGAUACUGGAUAUGGGGAUUGUGGGGCUGACGAGACCCUGUUUUCCAUUGGACUCUUUACUUGCGUCAAUUUUGUUUUUCAGAGCUGUAUUGGUGAUCUGAACAGUCUAUGGCAACCUGCUGAUAAGGACAAUAUUGAAUACUAUUCAUUGGCAGAUCUCUGGAAUUGCUAUGAAGAAUGGAGUGCAUAUGGUGUUGCGACCCAAGUGGUAAAGGGCUCUGGUGAGAGCAUUACUCAAUACUUUGCCCCUUACCUGUCCGGGAUUCAGAUUUAUACAGACAAAUGCGCACCAGUUUCCAGAAGCCAGAAGGAAGAUAGUGAUGUACUAGAAGUUGAAAGUGAUUCUUGGAGUGAUGACAGUGGGAGUGAUAAGCUGUCUAGGUCUCUUACCAACAACUCCAGCAGGACAUGGGAUGCUAUUUCUGAGGAUUCAAAUUUUGAUCAGGAUAGUUCUUUGUCAAUGCGGGAUAAAUUGGGUUACCUUUAUUUAGAGUACUUAGAGAGAUCCUCUCCUUACUUUAGGGUUCCACUUAUGGAUAAAAUAACUGAAUUAGCUCGGAGCCAUCCUGGACUAAUGACACUAAAGAGUCUUGAUCUUUCACCAGCAAGUUGGAUGGCUGUAGCUUGGUAUCCUAUCUAUCAUAUUCCCUUUCAGAGAAACAAGAAGGACUUGGCAGCUUGCUUCCUAACGUAUCACACACUAUCCUUGUCUUUCCAAGAUACUGAAGUUGAGUACGAUGAGAACAACUCAUGGAAAGAGACUUGCUAUACUAAAGGCAAACAAAAAGAAGGCAGCAGUAGCAUGAUUCCCCUUUCUCCUUUUGGCCUUGCUACUUAUAAGAUGCAAGGGAAUCUUUGGGUAAAACCAGAUACAUGUGACCCUGAAAGGAUGAUGAAUCUGUAUGGUGCUGCAGAUUCAUGGUUGAAGCAGCUUAAUGUCCACCAUCAUGAUUUUAACUUUUUCAGUUUCCACUCUAAAAUGUAUAUUGGUGAGUGUUUAUGACUUUUUCGUUUGGGCCUCUUGCAUCUUCUGGCAACCACCAUCAGAAAUUCCCCCUGCUGCAGCUUGGAAGAAUAUUUAGAAGCUUUGAGCUUUGAUGCAAUUGCGGUACUGUUGUCUUUUGGAUAAGCAUGAAGUCAUGAUGUGUAAUAUUGUUCAAAGAAAUUGCUUGACCAAUGGGGCUCCUUCUUGGGGAUUUUUGUGGAUGGAGUUGUUUUCUUCUUUCUUUUUUAAGUUAUUUUUUCUUGUUAGGGACUUAAGGCA